AUGGCGAACCAAAUCUUCUAUCGUCUCUCCCCCAAAGCCCUAACCCUACAUUCCUUCCUCUCUCGCUCCCUCUCCACAACCACCCUUCCCUCUUUCCUUCUUCGUCUCCGCUCUCUCUCCGCCUUUGCCGUCACCUCCCGCCGUGUCCUUCUCCCUAAUUCCCUCUGCUCUUUCUCCACACACGCUACCACCUCCUCACUCAACGACCCUAACCCUAACUGGUCUAACCGUCCCCCAAAGGAAACCAUCUUGCUCGAUGGAUGCGAUUUCGAACACUGGCUUGUGGUUAUGGAGAAACAUGAAGGUGAUCCCACAAGAGAUGAAAUCAUUGAUGGUUACACCAAAACACUCGCGCAGGUUAUCGGUGGAAGACACUACUUUGCUUUUGGAGCUCUUGUGUAUGAAGAGCUCUCCUACAAACUUAAAGAACUUCCCAAAGUUCGAUGGGUUCUAUCUAAUUCAUAUUUGAAUGUGAAGGAGAAAGAUUAUGGAGUUGUUCCUUAUGAUCCCAAGUACCAUGAAGAGUGGGUUAGAAACAAUACCCGUGCAAAUGAAAGGAACAAGCGCAAUGACAGACCUCGUAAUGCUGACAGGUCAAGAAACUUUGACAGGAGAAGGGAAAAUGUGGUGAACAGAGAUAUGCAGACUAGGCCUCCAAUGCAGAAUCCUGGGCCUAAUAUGGUUGGUUCGCCUCACAAUACUGGUGGAUUCCCUCCCAACAAUGCAGGUGGAUAUGCUCCAGCCCCUCCUAGCAACCAAGGUGGAUACGCCCCUCCAAAUGCAGGUGGAUACGCCCCUCCAAAUGCAGGCGGAUACGCCCCUAACAAUACAACUGGCGGUUACCCUCCUCCCAAUAUGGGUGGGCCUCCUCCUAACAUGGGCAGACCCCCUCCUCCUCCUAACAGUGGAUAUGGAUGGGGAAAUAAUCAGUAA